CGGGAUAUGAUUUUUAAAAUCUGAUUGUGAACUCGUCCAGCAGUGCUGUUAGCGAGAGGACUGCAUUUAGCUGACUCUAGUGUUACGCGAUGGCCUCUCAGAACCUGGACCCUGCUGCUGCAGCUUCUUCUACAGCCGCGUUAAAGGGAAACGAAACCACCGGAAAUGUGUCCAAGGGCUCUGUUACUAAAAGGCUUCAGCAAGAGUUGAUGACGCUCAUGAUGUCAGGAGACAAGGGUAUUUCAGCAUUCCCAGAGUCUGACAAUCUAUUCAAAUGGAUUGGAACAAUAGAUGGCGCUCAAGGAACAGUGUAUGAAGGUUUGAGGUAUAAGCUCUCUUUGGAGUUUCCUAGCGGAUAUCCGUACAACGCUCCUCGGGUGAAGUUCAUCACAUCUUGUUUUCAUCCGAACGUUGACGAAAAUGGGUUUAUUUGCUUAGACAUUUUGAAGGAGAAAUGGUCUGCUCUUUAUGAUGUUCGAUCUAUUCUGCUGUCCAUUCAGAGUUUACUUGGAGAACCCAACAAUGAUAGUCCUAUGAACUCUGCAGCUGCAGAAUUAUGGGAUAACCAAGAAGCCUUCAAAACCCAUUUGCACGCAACCUAUAAGAAUUGACUGAUGAAACUGAGCAUGUCUGCCUCUUCGCUUUUUAUCUCACUAUGUGACCUCACUUCUUUCCUUUUGCCCAAGACUAUGUAAAUUUAAAUUCUCAAUGUGUUCUGUAUUAUAUUUGUAUGUUAAAUAAACCUGUCUCAAUAAAAUGA